AUUACAGCAUCUUUGACAGCUUUAAAGGAAUUUGCUCGAGGGAAGGUGACAGCUGCUGCUCUGAUGAAGGAUUUUUCUGAGCAGGCCUCCCAAGCAAGACGUGUCAGGAUGAGAUGCUGCCUACACUUUUCAUCACGACCAACAGGUUGUUAAACUGCAAUGAAAAGCACUUAGUAGGAAUGGAUAUGCCCCUAUUAUGAGAUCUGAACUCCUGACAUCUUUAUCCAUUGGAACUUGAGUGCCCAGGACACAACUGAGAGGGGAUUUUGAGAUCAUUUUUCAAGCCCUGUGGCUGUGAGCCAGUUGCAGCAUGAAGAAAAGCCCUUCAACACCCCAAUGUACAGGAAAGAGAAGACAGAUGACAGUAGCUGUCCUCCUUCAAUACUGAGGAAAAGGCCACCUGUGGACCAGGAUAUGGGGGAAAAGCGGAAAGCAGAGAGAAGGGUUCGAUUUCGUGAGCCAGAAGAAGUCAUUGAACAUGUUAUUUCCUGCUGUGACUACGUAGCGGUAAAUGACAGGUCAUCACCUGGAUUGCCUAAGCUCCUGGGGCUAUCAUUUUGUGUGAUACUGAUCCUGGUCGCCAGCCUCUUCUACACCAGCAUGAAGCAAGAUGCCAAAGUCCUGGAGGAGUUUCAAUCCCGACUUGUUAUCUUCUUUCUUCAAAUAAGACACAUUGCUCAUAAAUGCUGGACUUGGUUUACAAGGUAGUAUCGAAGUCCUACAUCUGCAAGAAGGCAGCAAUGAUAACCACCAUGUGUCAGAGUGAACCUCCCAGCCUACUCAGUCCAUAUGUAAAGAACGCAUGAGUAACCACCUUGAAGAGCAAAAAAAAAAAAAAACAAAAAAACCCACCCAUUCUGUGCACUUUCUAGCAUCUACUUCUUGUUUUGUUUUUUUUUUUUUAAUAUAUAUUUUUUAAUAUUUCUGAAUGAUAGUAAAAGCACUAAGAGGACCCACCAAACUGACGUUCCAUCAUCCUUAACAGCAAACAAGGGUCUGAAUUUUGUCCCCGAGAGAGAUUAUAAACUGCUGGUAGGAGGAGCAGAAGCAGAGAGAGAAAUUCAUUCAUCUGCACAUGCAGAAGCACACUGAAGUCUCCUGAGUCUCAGGUCAAAGAAUAAACACCAAACUAUUUUUCUUCCCAAGCCUCCUAAGAGCUAUUCUGCAAAAUUUAACAUAAAGCUGAGCUAUUGCACAAACACUGCUCUGGUGGCCAAAGGCAUAGCAAGCUGCUAUAUUUAUAUACCUGAAACAGUUGCUAGUAAAAUCUCAGCAAAUGGCUUUCUUGUUUCCCUUCAUGCAUUUUUUUCCCCCUUCUGCAGGCAAAAGCUGUUCCUUAAUGUUUCACACGACUCCCAGGUGUGAAAAAUAACAUGAAAACUCAUUUAAAUACUAAGCAGUGCAUUUGCCCAACACGAUACAGAGCAGCAUUGAAUCCCAGGUUAAUUAUCAAAUCAGAACUUAAUCCUUUAGGUUUGAUUCAGUCCAUAAACCCAAGAUUUAUGGUUGCGUUUGUCUCCAGUCACAGCUUUUACAUUUGUGCCUGCAUGUUCAAGGGUAUUAUAGACUUCUUACGAAGGUGUUGGGUCAAAACCCCAUUAUCUCUGCUGUAGCACCAUACAGUGCACCUCUCUGGAAAGAACCAAGCAUAUGCUAUCUUACGAGCUUCAGCUAUGUUUUGCUGUUAGGAUCACAGAAUUGCUCCAGUUGGAAAAGACCUUCAAGAUGAUAAAGUCAUCCACAGACAGAAACAGCAUGAUCCAUUUUCCAGACCCAAGAUUCUAGUCAAAUAAUACUUGGUUGGUAUACAUAUAAUAGUGAUAGUAGAGCCUAUAAAAACUGAAGAAAGAAAACAGUGGAGAAGAAGAGCUGCCUACAAAACCCUGGCUUUAAUUCCUCUACCACAAUAAAACACCAAAAAGAAAAGAUUCCUAAUUGACUUUCAAGCUUGUCCAGACAGCCCUAAAAUUUAAACCAGAUGGGGGUGGGGGGGUAAAAAGAAAACCUAACACAGCCUUCAUCUAGAAGAGAGUGGGCAGCAAGCUGACCAAUGGGUAAAAAAAUAUAUAUAUAUAUAUAUACACAUACACACUUAUAGCCAGAAAGAACUGACUUGAGCAGCUAUUCUCAUGCUCUGAAGGCAAAAGCAAUGGUACUUGGGGAGCUGCUGGCCAGGGAUACAGAGGUCACUGCAGGAGCAUUAGGCUCAGUGUAUCCUUAUGCAAACCACUCAUGCAGCCCAGCUCACAGGUUAAGUCCCCUGUGUCUUCCCUGCCCCUUCUCCACUCACCCAGCUGUUGGGAUAAUAAAGAAGAUGUUUUAAA